AUGUAUGGGUAUAUAAGCAUCUACAUCUGCAUUUCAAAUGCCACCAUGGUCGAUCAGUAUUGUCGAUCCGGAUGGCUGGUUAUUUCGUUGAAGAUCGAUGGCCAUUGGGAUGUAAUGACAGAUAAUAUGAUCUUUAAGGACGAAAAUGAAGGUGAUGAUCUUCUCGCUGCUGCAGUUAAGGGCAUCUGUGACCAAUUUGUUGUCACACAAGGACAACUUAUUGCCAUGACAAAUUAUUUUAUAGAUCAGAUGAAUAGUGGUUUGAAUGAAGAAAUUGGGAGUGGUUUGCCCAUGAUUCCAUCUUUUGUCACUGCAUUACCAACGGGAGAAGAACAAGGUAUUGUAUUAACGGCCGAACUAGGCGGGACAAACUUCACAGUCUCUAAGGUUACUUUGAAAGGCAGGAAUCAGUAUUCAAUUGAUCAGAUGAAAACAAGAAUACCAGAUUAUUUAUUCCAGAACUAUUCAGCGACUUCCAGGGAUUUAUUCACGUUUUUAGUAAAACAAGUAGAUGAGUUCAUGAGGUCUCACCUCGGUGAUGUUUUUACUGCAGAUCGCAAGCAUGACCAGUCCUUUAAAAUGGGGUUCAUAUUCUCUUACCCAGUAAAACAAACCUCUUUAGACACUGCUGAGUUAAUCCGAUGGACAAAAAGGUUGAAUAUAAAGGAUACAGUGGGCAAAGAUGUAAUUCAACUUUUUCAAGAUGAAUUAGACAACCAAGGUUUGAAUAUGGUUAAUGUUAUGGCACUUACAAAUGAUACAAUAUGUACAUUUUUAUCGUUAUGCUAUUCUACUAGAACGACAGACUUAUCAGCAGGGAGAGACAAUAAGAUCCAAGGUGAUAUAUCGGGACCAGUGAUAGGAUGUGUGUUCGGAACUGGCACUAAUGGCUGUUAUAAAGAAUCAAUAAAUAAUAUAGUGAAAUUACCAAGGGAUAUUAAACAAAUGUUACUAAACAUGGGAAACACUGAAAUGCUUAUUAACACAGAAUGGGGAUCGUUUGAUAAUGAAACAAAAAUUCUACCAACAAGCAAAUAUGAUAUUUCCAUUGAUAAGAAGUACAGUCGAAAUCCUGGAUACAAUCUCUUUGAAAAAAGAGUCUCUGGGAUGUUUUUAGGUGAAAUCCUGCGAAAUAUUCUAAUUGACUUGUAUUCUCGAGGGUUAAUGUUUCAACAGUAUGCAUCAUAUGAUGUAUUGCCUCAUCAAUUGAGAACACCUUUCCAAAUAUCCUGCCAAGUCAUGGCUAGCAUUGAAAUCGAUGACACAAUCGGUUUGCGGGCUUCUGAAAUGUCGUUGUUACAGAGUCUUCGCAUUCUGACGACCCCAACAGAAAGGGCUCACAUUCAAACUCUGACACGUAUAAUAUCAAGGCGGGCAGCGUAUCUGGCUGCUGUUCCCAUAGCAGCAAUCAUCAUCAAAACAGGAGCUUUAGAAAAAAAAUACAACGGCGAAGUUGACGUUAGCUGUGAGGGGUCGAUAAUCAAGUAUUAUCCAGGUUUCAAGACAAUGAUGAGACAAGCAUUAGCAUUAACACCUUUAGGAACCGACGGCGAACGACGCAUCCAUCUCAAGAUCCUUGAAGAUAGUCCAAGUGUCGGUGCUGCAUUAUGUGCAUUAAUGGCAUGA